ACAACAACAACAAAAAUGUUCAAAGUAGCUGGCAAAGCGGAGAUUAUAAGAUCUCAACAGAAGGAUGAAUAUUACCUGACAUACUUGAGAAAAAUGUCAGCUGAUGUUGUCCAUAGCUUGCUCGGUGCAAGGGCCUGGAUUACGUGGCGCAGAGAGCUGGACCUGGCAGCUGACCUGGGGUACUUCUGUCUAACAACCCUCUCGGGUUUCCAGACCAUUGGUGAGGAGUAUGUGAACAUUAUCCAGGUGGACUCUUCCAGAAGACAUUUACCCUCUUUACUGCGUCGCCUCACUAUGGUACUCUUCCACGUGUUGAUACCGUACACCAUACGCAAGGGUCUAGACUGGCUGGAGAGGAGGCUGCAGUCACAUGGUCUUCAGGAGGUCCCCAUAGCAACCAGGGAGUUUCUCCUGAAAUGCAUUCCCGUUGCUAGGGACCUGGUCCUUUACACUCACAGAUUGCACAUGGCUGUGUUCUACAUGCAAGGAAUCUUCUAUCAACUUGCAAAGCAAUUCAAUGGAGUGCAAUAUUUGCAGUAUACAGGUGGUUUACAGAAGGCGUCUGAUGAUUCAGUGAGCAAGAGUUUCCGAGCCCUAGGCUGGGUGACCCUGGCCCAGCUUGCGGGGUCUGCAUUGCUGGGAACCAGGGCAUACUUGCAGCAGACCUACAGAAAGGGUACUGACCUGCUAGGAGGAAGUGAUACCCAUUCAGAAGUCGGAGGUCAGGUGUCCCCAGACAGGAAGUGUGCCCUGUGUCUGGGUGAGAGGUUACGUAGCUCUGUGACCCCCUGCGGCCACCUCUUCUGCUGGGGCUGCAUACACGACUGGUGCGCGACCAAGGCCGAGUGCCCUCUGUGUAGGGAGGACGUUGAGCCACACCGUAUCGUCUGCCUACAGAACUUUGAUGCCUCCUGAUGAUAGUUAAGGGUGUAUGUGAUGCAGAACCUAUAACUGAACCUCAUUCUGAGGAAACUGGUCUUAAUGCAUGUGCGUAAAGUGUUGUGCCAGGUUGGCCUGUACAGUCCGCACAGUCUGAUUAGGGGAAAACACUUUCAGUCUAAACUGGAAUUUUGUUCAAAACAAACAUCAUUAAAACGAAAAAUUUCAUAUAAGCGCAAAAUGUCGUUCCUGAAUAGCCUGUGCAGCUUGUGGACACUGCACUCAUCUUGGACAUCUAUUUUACGGAUAUGCAUUAAGCCCAUUUUCUCCAGAGGGUGGUCACCUCAUUGGUACCUCAUAUCUGGUACUGCACUUGGGCUGUGAUAUGGAUUUCUCCUGCCAUAAUGUUCCGCGACCAGCAACUAAUGGUGUUGCUCACACUGGAGACCAUGUUGUUUUAUUUGAUUGUACUUGUUUUUAUCUUGUUUUUGUUACACUAGAAAAAUUUUAUGGAAAUAAUGUGACUUUCAACCUGUUAUCCAUUGAUUUUCUUAUUAAUUCUGUAUUGGAUGUUUACAGCCUUACAAUGUUAUAUUUUCGAAAAUAAUUACAUUUUAUGAUAAACACUCACUCUGUCCUUACUUUGCUAAUUUAUAUCUCUGUAAUGUUAUGAUUGGCGUGUUUACAGAGUCAGGGUGGUAAAAAGAUAGAACGAAGAUGAGUUUGUAGAGUGUAUGUCUUACAUGCGAAUUUACAUGAACUAAAUGUAUGCUGAUGAAAGUCGCAGUGUAACUGAGCAUAAUUGCUCAUUGAAGACGAGGUAACCAGGCACUUUGUAGGCGCGCAAUUAUUGGCAGUAAGUAGGAAGCAUGUGUUCCUAUAAAUAACAUCACUGAGUAAUACCAUUGUGUCCUUGAUGCUUUUUGUCACGCCAGAAGAUAUUGACGCAUGAAAUACUUGCAAGCAACUGGUAUUAUCUGCAAGUGACAAUGUCUUCAACUGUCUAUAUCUGCAACUGGAUUUAUCAACAAAUAUUGUUAGCAAGUGGCAUUGUCUUCAACUAUCUAUAUCAGGAACUGGAUAUUGACGCAUGAAAUACUUGCAAGCAACUGGUAUUAUCUGCAAGUGACAAUGUCUUCAACUGUCUAUAUCUGCAACUGGAAUUAUCAACAAAUAUUGUUAGCAAGUGGAAUUGUCUUCCACUAUCUAUAUCAGGAACUGGAAUUAUCAGCAAAUAUUGUAAGCAAGUGGCAUUGUCUUCUUACUGUCUAUAUCAGCAACUGGAAUUAUCAGCAAAUAUUGUAAGCAAGUGGCAUUGUCUUCUUACUGUCUAUAUCAGCAACUGGAAUUAUCAGCAAAUAUUGUAAGCAAGUGGCAUUGUCUUCAACUGUCUAUAUCAGCAACUGGAAAUAUCAGCAAAUAUUGUUAGCAAGUGGCAUUUUCUUCAACUAUCUAUAUCAGCAACUGGAAUUAUCAGCAAAUAUUGUAAGCAAAUGGCAUUGUCUUCAACUGUCUAUAUCAGCAACUGGAAUUAUCAGCAAAUAUUGUUAGCUAGUGGCAUUGUCUUCAACUGUCUAUAUCAGCAACUGGAAUUAUUAGCAAAUAUUGUUAGCAAGUGGCAUUUUCUUCAACUGUCUAUAUCAGCAACUGUAAUUAUUAGCAAAUAUUGUUAGCAAGUGGCAUUUUCUUCAACUGUCUAUAGCAGCAACUGGAAUUAUCAGCAACUAUUGUUAGCAAGUGGCAUUGUCUUCAACUGUCUAUAUCAGCAACUGGAAUUAUCAACAAAUAUUGUUAGCAAGUGGCAUACAUAGUAGGGAAAAGACCUAAAGCAAAAUAGCCGUUUGCUCCCUAUUUCACAGUUACUCUGUUUCUCAAGAAAACAAAAGACUGUAUUCACACAAAAAAUAAUUCAAAAUUAAAUGUUCAUAUCCAUCUAUUUGUUUAAAGUAACAUAGUUGAAACAUUUAUUGUAUAAAUUUGUAUUGAUAAAUUGAUGAAUUGAUAAAUCGCAUGGUCACUUUUAAGCGCAAAAAGAAUAAAAGACUAUCAACAUAAAA